GAAAGGCCGCGCGGAGGGAAGGCCUGCGCGCAGAAUCGGCUUCCCAUUGGCUGCCUUCGCUCCUCUCCCGGUCCCGAUUGGCUGCAGGCCGAGGGCCCGGGCUCUACACGCUUCAGGCGCCGCGCGCGUUCGGUUGACAGGAGGCGUCGCAGCCAAUGGGAGCAGCCUGGGGGCGGGCCCGCAGACACAGGUUCCUCCGGCGCGGGCCAGUUGGUAAACAGAUCGCUAGCGCGUGCCGCGUUGCUAACGCCGCGGCGGGCUUGCUGAGGCGGCGCGGAGGUGACCGUGGAUCCCAGCUUCCGGGCAGCCGGCUCUAAAGCACCACUGCCAUGUUGGGAGAUGCCAUACUGGUGGCUAAAGGCCUGGCCAAGCUGACUCAGGCUGCUGUGGAGACACACUUGCAGCACCUGGGCCUCAGUGGGGAGCUCGUCAUGGCUGCUAGGGUCCUGCAGUCCACAGCUGUGGAGCAGAUGGGCAUGGUCUUGGGGGCAGUUCAGCGUCAAGAUAAGAAUGAAGAGCCCCACACUGAGAGCUUUGAUGACCCAGAAGCAGAAUUCCACUUCUCAGGCUCUGGAGCCCCAGGAACCUCCAAUGACUUCUCUGCAGCCUCAUCCCCUGACCAGUCUGUGGGCGCAACCCUGGAUCACGCCCUUAGGGAGGGUCCAGAUUCCACCUAUGUUGCUAGUGGACCCUUCAGGGAUGCUGGGCUCAUGGGCCAGGCCUCAUCCCCUCUUGGCAGGAUGAAUGCAAGGCUCUUUGUAGACCUCAGACACCCACUGUCUGCUGGUGGCCUGCAACGAAGGUUCUUCCACCAGGACCAGUCCCCGGCAGGGGGCCUUACUGCCAAGGACAUUGAGAAGGCACGUCAGGCCAAGGCCCGCCCUGAGAGCAAGCCCCACAAACAGAUGCUCAGUGAGCGUGCACGGGAGCGGAAGGUGCCAGUGACCAGGAUUGGGCGAUUGGCCAACUUUGGAGGUCUGGCCGUGGGUCUGGGCUUCGGUGCUCUGGCCGAGGUUGCCAAGAAGAGCCUUCGUCCUGAAAAUGCCACAGGGAAGAAGGCUGUGCUGGACUCGAGCCCCUUCCUGUCUGAGGCGAAUGCCGAGCGCAUUGUGAGCACACUCUGCAAGGUGCGCGGCGCUGCGCUCAAGCUGGGCCAGAUGCUGAGCAUUCAGGAUGAUGCCUUCAUCAAUCCCCAUCUGGCCAAGAUCUUCGAGCGGGUACGGCAGAGCGCGGACUUCAUGCCAUUGAAGCAGAUGAUGAAAACUCUCAACAGUGACUUGGGGCCCAACUGGCGAGAGCAGCUGGAGUCCUUCGAGGAGCGGCCCUUUGCCGCUGCCUCCAUUGGCCAGGUGCACCUGGCCCGUAUGAAGGACGGCCGUGAGGUGGCCAUGAAGAUCCAGUAUCCGGGUGUGGCCCAGAGCAUCAACAGUGACGUCAACAACCUCAUGGCGGUGCUGAACAUGAGCAACAUGCUUCCCGAAGGCCUGUUCCCUGAGCACCUGAUUGAUGUGCUGCGGCGGGAGCUGGUCCUGGAGUGUGACUACCAGCGUGAGGCCGCCUGUGCCCGCAAGUUCAGGGAGCUGCUGAAGGAGCACCCCUUCUUCUGUGUGCCUGCAAUUGUGGACGAGCUAUGCAGCCCCCAUGUGCUCACCACCGAGCUGGUGUCGGGCUUCCCGCUGGACCAGGCCGAAGAUCUGAGCCAGGAGGUCCGCAAUGAGAUCUGCUACAACAUUCUGGUAUUGUGCCUGCGGGAGCUGUUCGAAUUCCACUUCAUGCAGACAGACCCCAACUGGGCCAACUUCUUCUACGACCCUCAGCAGCAUAAGGUGGCUCUUCUGGACUUCGGGGCAACACGAGAGUAUGACAGCACCUUCACAGACCUCUACAUUCAGAUCAUCAGGGCUGCUGCUGACAGGGACCGAGAGGCUGUGCUGCGGAAAUCCAUAGAGAUGAAGUUCCUCACUGGCUACGAGGUCAAGGCCAUGGAAGAUGCCCACUUGGAUGCCAUCCUCAUCCUAGGGGAGGCGUUUGCCUCAGAGGAGCCCUUUGACUUUGGCAACCAGAGCACCACUGAGAAGAUCCACAAUCUGAUCCCCAUCAUGCUGAAGCACCGGCUCGUCCCCCCUCCGGAGGAGACUUACUCCCUGCAUAGGAAGAUGGGUGGCUCCUUCCUCAUCUGCUCCAAGCUGAAGGCCCGCUUCUCCUGUAAAUCCAUGUUUGAGGAGGCCUACAGCAACUACUGCAAGCGGCAGGCCGAGCGGCAGUAGUGGGGACUCCACUGCGCAGACUGAAACCUGUGGCGUGUCUGUGCUGUCCAGCUCCUUUGCCCUGAGUGGCAGGCGGGCUCUGACAGGGCAGAUGGGGAUGCUGCCGGGAGCCCAUUACUGGUGUGUGCAUGGUUUUUAGGGCUAAUGGUUUGGACUGAGUAAUGUAAAUGUGAAAAUGAAACCCCAGCUCCUUUUCGAAACAAUCUGCUUAUUCACUCACUGUCACUGUCCUCCCGUCGUUCAUCGAUUUUGCUCAAGCAGGUCCAGUAACAUCUCCAUUUUUUUUUUUGAGACUUGUUGUUACUGUGUUUGGCAUACUGAAUACGUCACGGGUAGCUUGCCAGGCUUUGCCAUGUGGGCAAUACUCUUGGUAGCUUGCUGGGCUUUCCGAGAGGGACGGAGGAAUCGAACCUGGCUCGGCUGGGCUGGCUGCUUGCAAGGCAAACGCCCUACUGCUGUGCUAUCGCUCCAGCCCAGGGAGUUUAUAAAGCUAGAUAAGUAAUUCUAGAUAAAGGGAAAAGAGAGACUUUCCCCUUCAGCUGCCUUUAUUUUUCUUGAUGGGAAUUUUGAAUGUUCAGGUGCCCUAUGAAUUCCUGCCACCAAACCAACAAAACACUGGAAAACAUCUCAAAACUAAAACCAACCCAAGCCAACCAAAUAGCAGGAAUGUUAGGUGUUAUCAACUCUAGUGUGAGGUUUGUCCGAGUCUAUAUUCUUGAAUAUUUCUGUCCCUUCCUCUCCCGCCUAUGAUCUGAGUGAGGAGGGUGCUGAGCAGGCUUUGACAACUGGUUUCCGGAGAAUGCUGCCCCAUGGGAAGGCAGCCUCAGGAGACUGAAACACAUGGGUCUCUGCUAAAGGCAGCUUCCUUCCCCCACCAGGCUAAGAACCUUAGUGGAGAUGAAUGGCAGGUGUCACCAGGUUAGACCUGGGGAUCAUUCUGGCUCUGUGAAUUUUGGUACAGUAUUCUACUUGUAAUAGAUUUUCUUGCUUUAAUUAAAAAAUAAAAAAUA